GGCGGUGGGGGAUGGGGAAUGCCAAGAAGGAUUGCUAGACGGGAGGAGGGGCGUCGCUAUGGUGACCGGGGAGGGGCGGGAUCAGAUCUGAAUCGCUGUUGCUCCCGCGGGCGGACACGCCAGAAGAGGAGGCCGGGGAAUGGCCGCGGUGUGGCAGCAGGUCUUAGCAGUAGACGCGAGUUUCGGACACAGUACAUCCGACGGCGCAGCCAGCUGCUGCGGGAGAAUGCCAAGGCUGGGCACCCCCCAGCGCUGCGUCGGCAGUACCUGAGGCUGCGUGGGCAGCUGCUGGGCCAGCGAUACGGGCCCCUCUCCGAGCCAGGCAGUGCCCGUGCCUACAGCAACAGCAUCGUUCGCAGCAGCCGAACUACCCUAGACCGCAUGGAGGAUUUUGAGGAUGAUCCUCGGGCCCUAGGGGCCCGUGGGCACCGCCGUUCCGUCAGCCGAGGCUCCUACCAGCUGCAGGCACAGAUGAACCGUGCUGUCUAUGAGGACAGGCCCCCUGGCAGUGUGGUACCCACAUCAGCAGCAGAAGCAAGUCGUGCCAUGGCUGGGGACACAUCGCUGAGUGAGAACUACGCCUUUGCGGGCAUGUACCAUGUUUUCGACCAACAUGUGGAUGAGGCAGUCCCAAGGGUGCGCUUUGCCAACGACGACCGGCACCGCCUGGCCUGCUGCUCCCUGGACGGCAGCAUCUCCCUGUGCCAGCUGGUGCCCGCCCCACCCACAGUGCUCCGCGUGCUGCGGGGCCACACCCGAGGUGUCUCUGACUUCGCCUGGUCCCUCUCCAACGACAUCCUCGUGUCCACCUCGCUCGACGCUACCAUGCGCAUCUGGGCCUCUGAGGACGGCCGCUGCAUCCGGGAGAUUCCUGACCCCGACGGCGCCGAACUGCUCUGCUGCACCUUCCAGCCGGUCAACAACAACCUCACAGUGGUGGGGAAUGCCAAGCACAACGUGCACGUCAUGAACAUCUCCACGGGCAAGAAAGUGAAGGGGGGCUCCAGCAAGCUGACAGGCCGGGUCCUCGCUCUGUCCUUCGAUGCCCCUGGCCGGCUGCUCUGGGCAGGCGAUGACCGUGGCAGUGUUUUCUCUUUCCUCUUCGACAUGGCCACAGGGAAGCUGACCAAAGCCAAGCGUCUGGUGGUGCAUGAGGGGAGCCCCGUGACCAGCAUCUCCGCGCGCUCCUGGGUCAGCCGCGAGGCCCGGGACCCCUCGCUGCUCAUCAAUGCUUGCCUCAACAAGCUGCUGCUCUACAGGGUGGUGGACAACGAGGGGACACUGCAGCUGAAGAGAAGCUUCCCCAUUGAGCAGAGCUCGCACCCUGUGCGCAGCAUCUUCUGCCCCCUCAUGUCCUUCCGCCAGGGGGCCUGUGUGGUGACCGGCAGCGAGGACAUGUGUGUGCACUUCUUCGAUGUGGAGCGGGCCGCCAAGGCUGCCGUCAACAAGCUUCAGGGCCACAGCGCCCCCGUGCUGGACGUGAGCUUCAACUGUGACGAGAGUCUGCUGGCUUCCAGCGACGCCAGCGGCAUGGUCAUCGUCUGGAGGCGGGAGCAGAAGGGAAGACAGACACCUUAUUGCAAGGACAUAUCAAGAAGCCGUUUGGAGGGGCCCAUGGUAAGGAACUGAGGAUACCCACCAACAGUCAAGGGAAUAAACUUGAAAGCAAACGAGCCUUUCAGUGAGACCCCGAGCCGCCAUUCUGGCUGAAACCUCUCCAGAGAGCUGGAGGGGGAACCACCCAGCUAAGACAGUCCUGGACUCCAGCCCUUGGAAAAUGUGGAUGAUAAUAAAUUGUUGUCGUUUUAAAUCACUAAGUGUGUGUGUGGCGGGGGGGGGGUGAUUUGUUCCACAGCAAAAGAUAGCUGGAACAAAUGUUAUUGGUUAAAAAUGUUCGAUAACACUCUGUAAAUUACGUCUCCAGUUCACAGGUGGGAUGAAGUA